AUGCCCACAGAUGCUUUUGGUAUCCUGUUGGCAGUGGAGGGCGCCAUCCAGCAGAGGGAGCGCGGCAAUUCGGGCCUUGUGAUCAUCCAGACUGUCUUGAAGAAUUGUUUCGGCCAUGUAUGUCCGCACUUGGUGGACGUCCUUGCUCUGCGCCUGGGCAUGAACGCGGAGUGCUCGCGCUUCCUUUUUCUCUCCAAUGUGUCAAGGCCGAUGUUUGUGCGUCCAUCAGGCGAUGUCCCACCACGUGGGGAAUGCCACAGGGAGAUCCAGCGUCACCAGCAGCUUGCGCCAUACUGGCGGGGUCUCCAUGCCAGGUACAUGUUUCACCAUCAUCCUUACCUUCCUUUCCAUACGUACGUAGACGAUCCGACUUUGCUCGGCAAAACUUGGGCGCAAGUUGCGGCUGCCAGUUGGACAGGCUUUCCGGGCAGCGGGAGGACCCGGACAAGGAGACCAUCGCGGCCCUCGCGGUGGGUGACCUUCCUGAUGGGCUGA